CAAAAAUGUUCCAGCAACCAUGAAUUUCGUACUCGAUAUCAAGGAGAAGGACGUUGGCGCGGUCAAGGCCCCAAGCUUCCCACAGCCAAAACCUGCUGGCGAUGGCUUUCCUCAGCACAAGAAACGAACAAGAGUGUCGGCCUUCAAGCAGAAGCAUCAAGGGACAGACAGUGCCUCCUCAGAACAUAAACAACAACAACAACAACAACAACAAGAUGAUGCCUCCAAUGAGAAGAGGAGGAUAGACCAGGAGAACAGCGACCUACUCGCGUCCAUGUCGCCAGAGCAGAUAGAGGAGGAGCGACGAGAACUACUUGAGCGCCUCGACCCCUCGAUCGUCCAGAUGCUUUUAAAGAGGGCAAAUAUAGAUGACCACACCUCGUCAUCGCCCUUUGACGAGCCUUCAGCAGCCGAGACGGAGAAGCCUCCCACCAUCACGGUCGACGAUACCACCGCUGCUGCACCGUCUGCACGAGAUGAGACCGCAGACAAGCCUCGCAAGACGGUCCGCUUCGACGAGGACGCAGCCCCCCCAGAACCACCCUCGGACCUCUUCGAGGCAACCUCACAACCACCUCCCACCACCACAACAGGCCCAGAAACCAGCCUGUCUGCCAACACCACGCACUUCCCGCAGCCGAAACAGGUCCCAGACCUCGACCCUGCCGACCCAGACUUCCUCGAGAACCUGCACCAAAAGUACUUCCCUAGCCUGCCCGCCGACCCGUCCAAGCUCGCCUGGAUGGCACCCAUCCCGACGCCCCACUCCACCGCCGACCGCGAGUCCCCUUACUACCCGGGCCAAACCUCCCUCCCCAUCUCCGCGCUGCGCUUCGACUUCAAGGGCCGCCUGCUCUCGCCCGCCCGGAGCAGGAGCAUCCCUGUCAGUAAAGGCCUGCACCACCAUGGGGAAGCGCCCGAGGCGGCAGGCUAUACGGUCGGAGAGCUGGGCCGGCUCGCAAGGAGCGCCGUGCCCGCCCAGAGGUGUGUUGCGUUCCAGACACUGGGCAGGAUACUAUACAGGCUGGGCAAGGGGGAGUGGGGUAGUGGCGGUGGCGAGUCGGAGCUUGCGAGGGGAAUUUGGGCUACUGCACAGGAGAACAGGGUCAUAGACAGCCUGCUCGAGGCUGCCGAGGUGCCCGAGGGUCAAGGUCACCGGGGGAGUCGGGCCUAUGCCAUCGAGGCACUCUGGUUAUUUGAGAAAGGCGGCUGGAAGGAGCAGUUACAGGGCAGGUGAGGCCGGGGUCGGAGGUCACAGAUCAGAGAGAGGCAGGACUUCUUCCCCACGUCAUCGUGUCCGAUGCUGGGACCAGGGACUUAGGACUCAGUUGGUCACAUAUCUGUCUGGUUCAGCAAUGUCCGGGUAGGGAUGUCGUCAGAUAUUCAAAGCUCGCUGGAUAACACGCCCCCCUCCUCCCC